AGAGUAUACAACCUUGUAGACAUUCAUUCAUUGUAAGCAUGCAAGUAUCCAGCAGACGAUCGUCUAUAAGCUCAAAGGGUUCAAUAAUGACCGACGCUGCAUCCGCUUGUGCUCAUUGCCACCAAGCUGGUGAGAAUGAAGAACUAUUUAGAUGCGAUGGUUGCUAUAGCGUCUUCUACUGCAGUGCUGCCCAUCAGACGAUAGACUGGGAGGCGGGUCAUUCCGAAGAGUGUUCAAUUCUCCGACACAAACACAAUUAUUCAUCGGUAGAAGCACAAACUCUAGAAGGUAUUGAUAAUUGUCCACACAUGGUCGUCGAAGCAAGAAGAUUGUACGAAGAAGCAAGGUCGGGUAAUCUGAAUAUAAAUGAAGACACCAGGAUGGGUAUGAUCGAGAGUGCGCAUGUUCUAAUGCUGCAGUCCAUGGAGCUCACCGGUAUGCCAAGCGAACAAGAGGAUUUUGAAAUCAGAAAAAAACGAGUACUAUUUGUGCAAGUAUCAUCUUUCCACGCAACACUGUUUGUGAAUAGAUAUUUGCAGAGUGACCCAAAGAAAUGUCGCCACCUUGUUGAAGACAUAUAUCGAGACCAGUGUCGCUUCAUGCAAAUUACACGGACAACAACAGUAAUGACACGUGCUCUAGUGCACAGUAUGGAAAGACAACAUGAGAAGUUACUUGGGGACAUCGACCAGUUCGAAGGAAAAAUCCCAUCCGCUAUAGAGCACUACGCAGUUGCGUUAGAUAUAUUCACCGCAUCGAGUGUGUCCGAUGCCGGUCGAUUACACGCCGACGGUACCAGCUGGUUCUACAAGGUUAUGUGCAAGUUUAUCAAAUGUGUGAUUCAGGGCGAACAAUACGAGAAUCUUGCAUGGGUUUAUGAUCACGUCGUCAAGGCUAGUCCAUCAUCGUUCGGGAAUGAUGAACGACGCCGUCGAAUGCUACAAUGCGAAUGCUUCCGUAUAUACACAAAACUACUUCAGCCAUUGACUCCAAAGAUUUUACGACGGGAUCCUAAUCUGCUGACUGGUAGAAUGCAAUUAUUGGGAUUUAUUGUCCCCGAAUUCCAGCGAUUUCAAAAGAUGUGCAUAAUAGCUGAUGACUUUGCACUCUGGACAGCUGCUACAUCCUUCUAUUCCACUAUCUUGCGCCGGAAUGGACAAGGGGCUGCUGCCUUCCUGGAAGCCAUGAAAAUCGCUAAAGUACAUCAAUGUGGCCAAACAGCGUCCCAGUGUAGUUUUUUGACCGCUGCGAUGGAGCUGUGCACACACAAAAAACAGCCAGUGGCGAAAUCCGAUAAGUGCUUGGUAGCACCCAAAGUUUAUAUAUGGGGAGAUUGGAGAGAAGAAUGCAUCAAUGGAAGAAUAGAACCGAAUGAUACCGGUCAUAACAGUGAGGCGGACUCCGGCUAAACCUCCAUGUGACGAGAGAAUGUAAGAAUAUAUUAUAAAUAAUCUAAUAUUAAAUCUGAUCUACAC